UGGCGUUCGUUCGUACUGCAGUAUUCUUCCACAGCGGAAUCCGAAAGGAAAACCACAGUGCAAUCACAAUAUAAAAUAUUUACUGCGUUUCUUACAAACAUGCAGAUCUUUGUGAAGACCCUCACUGGCAAGACCAUCACCCUUGAGGUUGAGCCCAGCGAUACAAUUGAAAAUGUCAAGGCCAAGAUCCAGGACAAGGAAGGCAUCCCCCCCGACCAGCAGAGGCUGAUCUUUGCGGGCAAACAGCUGGAAGAUGGCCGCACCCUCUCUGACUACAACAUCCAGAAAGAAUCCACCCUCCAUCUUGUCCUGCGUCUGAGGGGAGGCAUGCAGAUCUUCGUCAAGACCCUCACUGGCAAGACCAUCACCCUGGAGGUGGAGCCCAGCGACACCAUUGAGAACGUGAAGGCCAAGAUCCAGGACAAGGAAGGCAUCCCCCCCGACCAGCAGAGGCUGAUCUUUGCUGGCAAGCAGCUGGAAGAUGGCCGCACCCUCUCUGACUACAACAUCCAGAAGGAGUCCACCCUCCAUCUUGUGCUGCGUCUCAGGGGAGGCAUGCAGAUCUUCGUCAAGACCCUCACUGGCAAGACCAUCACCUUGGAGGUGGAGCCCAGCGACACCAUUGAGAAUGUUAAGGCCAAGAUCCAGGAUAAGGAAGGCAUCCCCCCCGACCAGCAGAGGCUGAUCUUUGCGGGCAAACAGCUGGAAGAUGGCCGCACCCUCUCUGACUACAACAUCCAGAAAGAAUCCACCCUCCAUUUGGUCCUGCGUCUGAGGGGAGGCAUGCAGAUCUUCGUCAAGACCCUCACUGGCAAGACAAUCACCCUGGAGGUAGAGCCUAGUGACACCAUUGAGAACGUGAAGGCCAAGAUCCAGGACAAGGAAGGCAUCCCCCCCGACCAGCAGAGGCUGAUCUUUGCCGGCAAACAGCUGGAAGAUGGGCGCACCCUCUCUGACUACAAUAUCCAGAAAGAAUCCACCCUCCAUCUUGUCCUGCGUCUGAGGGGAGGCCAGUAAAUUAUCCAAUUUAUUUACAUGACAACCUAA